UGUUUCCUGUUAAGACGGUUUCCUCAAACACAAGCUAUACCAACAAGAUUAUUACAUAUUUGUUUUCAAUGCCACCUUUGUCUUCCUCAGCCAUCCUAAAGGACAGCAUUGCAGACUGCUCAGGUGACCCACCCAUGAAUCCAGGAGGAAGUGAGCAUACCUCUCCACAGGUCAAUGUAGAACUGUUUUCUGAAGGGGACUUGCUUCUUCAGGCCCUCAACGGCUUCCUCAUGGCAGUUACAGAGGAUGGCUAUGUUUUGUACGUCUCUCCCACGGUCCAGGACUACUUGGGAUUUCAUCAAUCAGAUGUCAUCUAUCAGAGUGUGUUCGAGCUGAUCCACAAGGAGGAUAGAGCCAUGUUCCAGAGCCAAUUUCUCUGGCCUCCAGAUGCAGCACCUAUCAGCAGAGAGGGAGAGCAGGACAACCACCAGCUUCCUCACUUUUCUGUCUUCCCAGCUCUGCCUGGAGAGAACUGUCUCUCACUUAAUGGCACCCCCACUGACAGCCUGCAGCAUCAGCCCUUGGAGGACCCCUCCUAUCUGGAAAGAAGUUUUGUCUGUCGGUUCCGCUGCCUGCUGGACAACUCUUCUGGGUUUCUGGAGCUGAAUUUCCAUGGCCAUCUUAAACUCCUCCCUGGGCAGAACAACAGAUCAGAAGAUGGCAUCCUCAUGUCUCCUCAACUCACCCUGUUUGCCAUUGCAACACCUCGCCAGCCACUCACCAUCCUGGAGCUCCAAAACAAAACAUUUCUUUUCCAAACAAAACACAAAUUGGAUUUCACACCUAUAGCCUGUGAUUCCAGAGGCAAGGUGGUCCUGGGUUACACCGACAGCGAACUCUGCAGGAAAGGAUCGGGCUACCAGUUCAUCCACGCGGCCGACAUGAUGCACUGCGCCGAGAAUCACGUGCGGAUGAUGAGGACGGGCGAGAGCGGCCUCACGGUGUUCCGGCUGCUCACCAAGCAGGCCGGCUGGCUGUGGGUGCAGUCCAACGCCCGCCUGGUGUUCCGUGGCGGCCAGCCCGACUGCAUCGUCGCCCGGCAGCGGGCCCUGACGAAUGCAGAGGGGGAAGAUCACCUGCGCAAGAGGGCCCUGCAACUGCCGUUCACCUUCACCACAGGGGAAGCCAUCCUGUAUGAUAGCAGCCCCCUGAGCCCUCUGACUUCCCUCCCAGCCAGGAAGAGGAUCCGGGCAAGGAAGGGCACCCCCACUGGUCAGGGCCCUGUGCACCCAGGCUCUCUUCUGGGAGCCAUGAUGCGGCAAGAUGAAUCCAUGUAUUUGUCCUGCAUGGUCCCAACCACCCAAGGCUCACCCUUGGAGAGGCAGGGGUCCAAUGGCAGACAUGAGGACAAGGAAGAGAAAGAGAAGGAGGAAGACCACUCCUUCCUGUCCCUCAUUGAGACCCUGCUGGAGAAGGACACAGAAGAACAGCCUGAUCUCUGCUCCACUCUCCAGCACCUGGGGGUCACUGACCUCAAGCAGUGUUUGUGGGAAGAGAGCCUUCUCAGGGCUGACUCAGGCCCUGCAGGGUCUCAGAACUUCCACCCACUGCCCUCCAGUCAGGGAGGGGGCUCCCACAGGGAAAAGGAAGUACUUUUUCAUGACAGUGGAAAUGUGGCAUUGCCCCCACCAGCCAGCACAACUGUUCCACAGACCCUAAAGCCACAGCCUUCUCUGGGCUCGGGCCAGCUAACUGGGGAAGUAACUCCACCUCAGAACAUGGGCACAGUGCCCAGCUGCCUUCACACACACACCCAGCAUUUUUUCACCACUGGCCCUACAUUCCAGAGCCCUCCACAGUGGCAGCCUCAGCACACCCAGGCAGAACCUUUAAAUUUUGGGAUAUGCCAGAAACCAACAAUAUUUGACUUCAGCCCCCUCCCCGAGGCCUCCAGCCCCAGACAGCCUGCUCAGGUGUUUCAGCCAAACCACACAUCUUUGCUCCCUUUAGGAGAAAAUGUUGUCCCUGGACACCUGGAUCAGCCAGACCCUGGUUUUCUUGAUUUUUGCAAAGAACCUAUGCUCUGGACAGCCUCACACAGUGGUCAGUGUCAAGGGCCCUUCAUCUCCUCAGACCCUACCUCCUGGGGCACCCAUCCCUCGGAGAGCAUUUGGGAUUCCCCCAUCCAAGGCCAGCCAGUAAUGGUCCCUGUGGAAGUGGAGGCAAGGCAGGCCCAGCCUGACCCCUUCUACCACCUGAGGUCAACCAUGGCCAACUCAUGCCCUCCAUGGGCAGGGCCAGCCAGUGACAUUCCUCCUGAAUUGUGCUGUGGUUUGCCCCCAUCUGUGCAGGGGGCACUAGGUACCCCAAAGGACACACUUGGGAGUCAAGAGCACCCACCCCACUCCUUGGUGGUGAGCCAGCUCUCGGGGAGCCCUGCCUGUCCUUCCCAGGAGCUCCUGAACAGACCCUUGGCUAUGCAGGACUCUUACAGCAUGGACUGCCCCUGCCCAGCUGCCAAGCAGCAGCAGUGGCUGCAGACCCAGGAGGCAUACGGGCCAGUGAGAGAAAGAUUUCCAAGUGUCCAGCACCUGGGUGGCUGCUCAAGAGAUGCCAUUCCCCCCACCCUGCAGCUGAGCCCCUUCCUGUCCUCCAAAAGCAGCUCCCCAGGUAUAGGCAGCAGCCAAUGCAAGAGCCCAGCUGAACCCACAAGGCGGAGCAAGGACAGACCGGUCAUCCUAGCCCCAGGUGCUGUGGUGAAAUCCCAGGUGCAGUCCAGCCCUGUUCUGCCUCCCUGCCAUCCUGACCCUGCCUGCCCAUCUACGUCUACGCAGGGCAGCCAUGACCUCCAGCUCCAGGUAGGUGUUGGCAAGCAGGACCAUGGGAAUUUGGGGGUAGCAGGAAGGGGUGCUCCAAGUGCAGAGCUGCUGGCAGAUCUGAAUAUGAGGAGGCAUCAGCCCAGCUAG